AAGAUAACCUUCAAGAUACCCAAAGUCUUCAGGAUCCUCAGGAAACUCAGGACCUCACGGAACUCCAAGAACCUCAGGAGUCUCCACAAGAACUUCAAGAACAAGAGCGAGUCCUUCCGCCACGUACACAAGUUCGUAGGAAACGAAGGCUGAUGGUGUUGGAUGAAGUAACCGAGCUACCUAAUCGACAUAUUAAAAGUCAAAUAGACGAUACAUCAGAUAUUUGCAUCGAGUCAUCGUAUCUUCCCAUUUCAAGAAAAUUAUUACGGUUGGCGGAAAUCCGCCAAAUGGGAGCUUGGUAUUUUCUUGAUUUAACCGCUCCACAUAAUAUUCGGCCCGAGUUACGUUAUCUCUUUGCUCGAAAACGUCAAAGAGUAUCUAAAGAUAACGAUGCGCAACCAGGUCCAUCAGGGACAUCGUUAGACAUUGAUACAGAUACAUUCAACAAUAAUGAUGACUCUAUACCUAAUUAUGUCCCAGAAGCACCUAACUUUGAUAAAGAAACAACGCAAGAUGUUGAUGUCUCGGAGCAAACAAAAGAGAAAGAUCUCACACAGGAUAAAAUCACAACGCCGUCAGAACAUGAAUUUGACAAUCACUUUGAUAACUUCGAAAAUGAUAUCAGUACAAGUCCAACUGAAGGCUUACCGAACAUCCCAAAUGUGACAACCAUUUUUGACCAAGACGAGCCACAAGAUCAACAAAAUACCGGUAACUCAUUUAGUAGAAAUACGGUCAAGGCGAUGCGACUUUUGAAGAGCAAAUGCCUUAAACAAGAUGAUGCAACAAGUUCUACAAAACCAAAACAAACAAUAUUGAGCUUUGAAGGUGCUGUGGGAACGGCAAAGCGACAAGAUGCAGUGAAAUUAUUUUUUGAAUUAUUGGUAUUAAAUACAAAAGAUGUAAUUCAUGUACAACAAAAGCAUGCAUAUGGAGAUAUUGCAAUUGUAUGCAAGAAGUAA